AUGAGUCUAUUCGGAACAUCAGCAUCUCUUAACCAGGAUAUAGAGAAAACAACAAGCGAAAAUAACACAUCCGAUAACUGGGCUCUAAUAUUAGACAUAUGUGAUCGUGUUAACACCGGAACCGCCACGCCGAAGGAAUGCCUUAAAUGCAUCAUGAAAAGGCUAAAUUCGCCCAACCCUCAUAUUGUAAUGAAAUCCAUCACGCUGCUCGAUGCAUGUGUUAAUAAUUGUGGCAAAAUGUUUCAUCUAGAGGUUGCGUCCCGUGAAUUUGAAACGGAAUUUAAGAAACUUUUACAGAAAAGUCUACCAAAAGUGACGACGAAAUUAAAACUAACACUUAAACGCUGGGCAGAAGAGGUGUUCAAGUCUGAUCCGCAGCUCGAUCUGAUACCUUCGCUGUACAAAAAGCUGCGAGAUGAAGGCCACGACUUCAGCGACCCGUCGGCGACUCCAAAGCGCGAAACGACGCUCAGCAAAGACCCAAACGUUGUGUCUAGUCAGCAGGAAGAAGAUGACAUUGCGAAAGCCAUAGAGCUUUCGCUAAAGGAAGUCAAAAACUCGCAAUCUCCCAAGAUGGUGUCAUCGUCAGGAGCAGUUUCCUCAUCGUUGUAUCCUUCAACUUCAUUAUCGUCUGCCCCCGUACCUGAACCGAGGAAGGUGCGCGCACUGUAUGACUUCGAGGCAGCGGAAGAUAAUGAGCUCACGUUUCAAGCUGGCGAAAUCAUUAUGGUUCUGGACGAUUCCGAUCCGAAUUGGUGGAAGGGACAGAAUCAACGUGGCGAGGGACUUUUCCCGUCCAACUUCGUCACUGCAGAUCUUUCUGUCGAACCAGAAGCGCUUAAUGCAACGAGCCAGUCUGGAAAGAGCGGUACGAAGAAAAGCGUCCAGUUUUCGGAUGAACAAAAAUUGGAUGAGGAUAAAGAUGCGCAGCAAAAAAUGCUCCAAUCGGCCACAGUGGAAAUUAAUGAGGAAAAGAUCGAUCGUUUACUGCACCUGAUACACGAGGCAGACCCGGAAGAUCCAUCUCAGGAUACGGAGGAGAUGCUUCAGCUAGAGCAACUGGUCAACCAGAUGGGUCCAAUGAUCGAUGCGGAGUUGGAACGGGUAGAUCGAAAGCAUGCACAGUUGACGCAGCUGAGCAGUGACCUGGUGGAUGCUAUUAAUCUGUACCACAAUCUGAUGCGGGAACCAGAUCGAUCGGGGAUGAUGUCCAUGUCGAUGGGAACGGCUGCUGGUUAUGGCGUUCCUGGAGGUUUCCCUGGUGGUCCAAUGCAACCGAUGUACGGAAUGCCGGCGUUGUACCAGAGCCUUCCAGGCGUAGGAAUGUAUCCGAUGGGGUCUUCCGGUCCAUCGCAACCAUCGUCGAUGAGUGGCCCUGCAAUGCCGGGAUACAGUAUGGCCAAUCUUAGGCACGAUAUGUCCCAGAUGAACGUCGGUACGAUGCCACAGUUUCCUGCUCCGGCCCAGGUGGCCCAGCAAACAGCGAUGUCGCUUCACCAUCCGGCGCAAGGUUCCAUUCCCAUGGUGUCUCAAAACGGACCAACCUCUAACGGAAUGAUCCAGCAAACUACGACGGCCACAUCGAUGGCGGGAGUAAGCAGCCAUCAGGCACCGCAACCCACCCCGCCGACGGCCACGCCACAUACGAUGCCAAAUAUGACUAUUCCCCAAAUGGUUAGCGGUAUGCCGGCGCCACUUGGAACGAUACCGCAGGGAUACGCUGGGGUUAAUCCUACUUCGCCCCCACCGACUGGUCUUUCCGGCCCCACGUCGCAUCCACAGUUGCAGCAAGCACCGACGAAUCCAAAUCAACAGGCGCUUCCCCAGAUGCGACCGCCGGGGCAUCCUGCAGGCAGUUACCCUGGCUACGUACCUCAGCAAACGCAGCCUCAAUCCCAACCAGCAGUGCCGCAGUCUGUACAGCAGCUCCCUCAAGGAGGCGGACCGCUUCCGCACCAUCAACAGCACGCGCCCAUGCCAGUUGGGGCACCAUCUUCGACGGUUCCAACGUCGCAACCGAAUAUGAGCCAACAUCUACCAAUGGGGAUGCCGUCAGCCCAUUUUCCACCCGUAUCCGGGACUCCAAACCAACAACAUCAACAACAACCACCAUUUGUGCCGCAAAUGGGACACAUGGGCAAUUUUGCUCCGAUGGGAGGUCCGAUGAGCAUGUACCCCCCCGGACCUGGUGGGCCAUUGUCGAUCAAUACGAACCAUCAGGGACCGCAAAACAUUCCCAUAUACCAACAGCAACGGUAAGCUAGAGUUCGGUUGCUUACAGAUUAUCCCUCGACCAGCGUUCCACCUGUUUUGUUUUGAUUCACUCUGGUCACAUAAGAAGAAACCACGUGAGCGCCGGAUGGAAACUACAGCCUAAUGUUUAAGACACGCUUUAGAUCGAUGUCAUUCUUUAGGGAGGUGGAGGAUUGAUUGCAGUAACUCGUAGAAACUAUCGCGCUGUUUGACUAACUCCAUUUCGAUGACGGAAGUUGAACCGGUCAUACGUUCUUUAAGUUCAAUGAGGCUGUUGAUGGAAAGGUCGAAUUUGAUUGGUUCAAUGUGGGAUUUUUGCUCUAUCACUCUAUCACGAACGCGCGUUGGCUUAUUGAUGAACAGAAAAGGCAAAGUUUUUGCUAGCAAUAAUAUAACUAUGUAUUAUGUUUUAGAUGGGAAACGAGAAGAUUGUAGCCUUGUAUGUGGCGGAAUGUUUAGCAUGCAAAACGAUAUUUUGGUGGACUUCAGUGGUUGCGGCAAAAACAUGCCAGGGCUUAUUUUGAACAUUCGCAGAAUCUACAAAUGGCUAGGAUGUAGCGUAAAAUGGUUAUAAGAUAUGUAUUUAUACCGUACCAUGUUGGUCAUGCGGCGGCCUGAUCGGCAUACUAAAGAUAGUAAUAAAGAGUUUCAUUUCCUGUAAAAGAACCAUCGCAAAAAGUACCCUAAUCGGAACAUACGGAUUGUCUUGGACCGAACAACGCUGUAUGAUAGUUUAGCCACGAAUAUAUUGCAU